AUGAAGCACGGCAGCCAUAACGACCCAAGCUGUCGUGACAAUAAUCGCUGUAAUAACUUAUCGAUAGGAAGCUUUGAGGAAAGUGAUAGGAGCAGCACGGUAACCCUCAGCAGCCAGGGAAGCUCUACAAACAUCUCACUGUCAAGCAUUUAUCAAGAAGCCUUUAAAUUUAGUAUUCCCAACGUUCCAGAGUUUCAACAGGAAGAGAUGAGCAAGGACGGACUCGUCUCACCCUCAGACUCGACGAAACAACGUGAGCAUGAUGCCAUCCGGUCUUUUCCGAAAUUGAAAAAAAGUAUUUCAGAAAUAGGUGAGUUUCGCGUAAGAAAAAAUUCCUGUCCAGCUAAACAAGAAGCAAAUCACGCAGCACAACAGACGCGAUCUGAAGAUUUGCGACAGUUGAGAAGAGCGGCAUCCAUUGAGCUGCGCUCAUGUAAGACUUCUCCGAUGCUGCCCCACAAAUCACCACCAGUUGCCUCCCCAAAAGCGUUUCCUAAGAAAAACAUAUUUGUUACGUCCCUAACCCGGAGUCGCCCAUCGUCUGUGUGCAGCGAAACAAACGAAGAAGAUUUUCCUCAAAGGAGCAACAGCCAAAGUAAGAGCGCCCCUUCACUUAGUUUGAGCCUAAAGCAACACACAAGCCCCCAUGCUAAACCCAAAAAGAGUAAAAGUUUAUCCGAGGAACCCCCCAGCAGGCGGCCAGCAUGGGUGUCAGGAAUUUCUAAAUGUUUGACCGACGCUUCUCAAAAGUUCUAUCGCAACGAGCACAUCUCUCAACUGUCCGAUUUUCUGUUCAUUGGAGACAUACGUGGAGGGUAUAACGAGUGGAUAAUGUGCAGACUAGGCAUUGCCAGUAUAGUGGACUUGAGCAAUCCAAACAAAAAAGAUCUGAUGACAUUUAAACAGAUGUAUUACCCGUGCGUUUGCCCCCCAAACGUGUCGCACGCUCGAGCCCGCUUGAACAUCGCCAUUAAUGAUACACACAAUGAGAAGAUAGACUGCUACUUUCGAGACAUAAAUAUCUUCAUAGAAGGGGCUAGGACAAGAAAUAAAAAGGUGCUUAUUUGCAGUUACUAUGGUAAAUCAAGAUCCGCAACUGUUGCCAUACAGUAUCUUAUGUCGUUUAACGGAAUGACACUGGAGCAGUCGUACGGCCAUGUGAAAUAUCAUCGCCCAGAAACAGACAUCAAUGGAGGAUUCUGGUUGACAUUGGCUGCGUUGGACAGGGAGCUGCAGCAAGCCAGGUUACAAUCACCGAAACACUCCAAGGAACUGGAGGUCUCUGACGUCACAUUCCGUAUGAGCGACUGUUGACUAAGUUCAAUAAUAAUAAGUUUAUUAUAAUAAUAGCGAUCAAAAGGUUGAACUUAUUCAAAUGCACUACUGAGGACAAAACUAAAAAAAAUGUAUAUAAGAUAAGUUCCAUUAAGCACAAGCUUCUAAGAGCUGGUAAAAUAAAAAUGUUGCGAAAAAAAUUGUUUCAAACUUGCUGAGCACAAUGUAACUAGAUCCAGUGUUUUUUUUUCUUUAAGAAUUUUGGUGAUUUGGUGAUUGAAAAUUCUGUUUAUCAUUUGCGUUGCGUAUCAGAGAGACAUUCUUAACAUCCAGCCAGUAAGACUGUGUUAAUUGAACAAUAUGUAUGUGUUGGAUAUGGUAGUAUAUUGAGCACGAUGAUUUGCUCCCUAAGAGUCCCUGAGGGUAUAUUUUUUCCUGAUUGUAACGGAUCCACCAAACAAAAUUUGACUGUAUUUUUGCCACUUCUGGUAGGUUUACUGGACUAUCACUAUACUGUA